UUUCUGCUGCGACUUCUUUGUCAGAAUAUGUUUCUGCUCCAUAGAAAUCAGGGUUUUUUCACACUAAAUGACAAACGUGACAUUUUUUCGUACAAAUAUCUCUCAGGAUGUUCCCACUGAGUUGUUAGAAAAGUAUGCCUGUAAAUGAAAAUGAAAUUUUAGGGGAACAGGCCUCGAUUCCAAUAAAAUCCGUUGGGUAUAUUUGAUUCUAUUAUAUUUAAAAACAAUUAUACAGAAGAUUAGAGCGAGUGAUAUAUAAUACCCAAUGUAUCCUGCACCCGCUGCAUGAUCCUAUGAUUCCUAUCUAUAUUCUAUCUACUCUAUUCCAUCCUCAUUCUAUCUCGAUGUAAUAUAUCCCUCCAUCGGUCAUGAAGCAAACUUCCCAGCCUGUUGGGAGAAGAAUUUCUUUCUGACUUAUUCUUAGAUUAAUUAUCGUGGAUUGCUUGCAGCUAAACGGAGAUAACGAAGCGGCUUGAUUCUGUCGGUUUCUACCUCAAUCAUCCAUUCCGCGCUACUGCUAGCGUUCCGGUGGUAGAACGAUGAGUUGAUAAAGAUAUUAUAAACUUCAACAAAGCUUGAGAAGAAUACCUGUUUUUUCAAGUGGAAGUAAUUCCGGUGGUUUCAAGUUUCACAGAAAUUAGGAACAUAUCAGUCUAUCAGCUGAGUAACUUCAAAGACUUCAAGAAGUUGUCGAGCUGACGCUUCUCCUAAUCGUCCCGAAGAUAUCGUCCUAAAUUAAACGUGUUUUCAGUCAUGAAAGACGAGGACCUUAAAAUUGUGCAGACCUCUGACCUCAAACAGAAAUGCCCUUCAUUUCAAGAAGGCUGCCCAUUCGCCAAAGUUGUUGAUAAGCAGCUGAUGCAAAGUAUCGAAAAAUGUCCGCAGUUCCAGAACGGGUGUCCUUUUAAAGAUGCAAAAAGUCUUGCUGACAUUUACGAGGAAUUGUCUCAUGUGCCACACUCGGCUGGACAUGAAAGUGAAUUCUCCGGUCAGAAGUUGAUUGAGAUAUUUAAGAAAAUGCACGACACUUCUGAGUGCCUGGAAGAAAAGAUGGGAGAUUGUCCGGUGUUUCAUAAAGACGACGGAUGUCCAUUCAAAAAUGUCCGCGAUGUAGAAGGCAAGCACUUGGUGGAACCUGUUGAGUCUGUUGCCCAUGAUCAACACGUCAUUGAGGAGCUACAAGAGAUCGAUGCCACGCAGUUACAACAGCAUUGUCCUGCAUUUAAAGAUGGCUGCCCAUUCACCAACCUGGAAGACCAAAAUAUGAAAGAUGCCAUUGCAAAAUGUCCCGAGUUCAAAAACGGUUGCCCAUUUAAAGAUGCCAAAAGUUUCGCAGAAGUUUACGAGAAGUUAUCCCAUGUUCCACAUUCCGCUGGACAUGAAAGCGAAUUAUCCGGUAUAAAGAUGAUUGAAAUGUUUAAGAAAAUGCACGACACCUCUGAAUGUCUGGAAGAAAAGUUGGGAGACUGCCCCAUAUUUCACAAAGAUCAAGGAUGUCCAUUCAAGAGUGUCCGAAAUGAGGAAGGCAAACAUUUAGCGGAACCAGUUCAGUCCGUUGCUCAUGAACAGCACGUCAUUGAGGAGCUACAAGAGAUCGAUGCCACGCAGUUACAACAGCAUUGUCCUGCAUUUAAAGAUGGCUGCCCAUUCACCAACCUGGGAGACCAAAAUAUGAAAGAUGCCAUUGCAAAAUGUCCCGAGUUCAAAAACGGUUGCCCGUUUAAGGAUGCCAAAAGUUUCGCAGACGUUUACGAGAAGUUAUCCCAUGUUCCACAUUCCGCCGGACAUGAAAGCGAAUUAUCCGGUAUAAAGAUGAUUGAAAUGUUUAAGAAAAUGCACGACACCUCUGAAUGUCUGGAAGAAAAGUUGGGAGACUGCCCCAUAUUUCACAAAGAUCAAGGAUGUCCAUUCAAGAGUGUCCGAAAUGAGAAAGGCAAACAUUUAGCGGAACCAGUUAAGUCCGUUGCUCAUGAACAGCACGUCAUUGAGGAGCUACAAGAGAUCGAUGCCACGCAUUUACAACAGCAUUGUCCUGCGUUUAAAGACGGCUGUCCGUUCACCAAACUGGAGGACAAAGAAAUAAAAGAAGCUAUUGCCAAAUGUCCCGAUUUUGAAAACGGCUGCCCGUUUAAGGAUGCCAAAAAUCUCGCAGACAUUUACGAGAAAUUGACCCAUGUUCCACAUUCAGCUGGACAUGAAAGUGAAUUAUCUGGUAAAAUGAUGAUUGAUAUGUUCAAGAAAAUUCAUGAUACUUCGGAAUGUCUGGAAGAAAAGUUUGGGGACUGUCCUGUGUUUCACAAAGAUCAAGGAUGUCCAUUCAAGAGUGUCCGCAGUGACGAUGGCAAGCAUUUGGUGGAACCUGUUGUGUCUGUUUCUCAUGAUCAGCACGUUAUGGAGAAACUUCAAACUGUCGAUUCUGUUGACAUAAAGCAGAAAUGCCCUGCAUUUAAGGAUGGCUGCCCAUUUACAAAGCUAGAAGACAACGAUAUGAAAGAAGCAAUUGAAAAAUGCCCGGAGUUCAAAAGCGGUUGUCCGUUUAAUAGCGCUAAAAGCCUUGCUGAGGUUUAUGAGAAAUUGUCCCAUGUUCCACAUUCCGCUGGUCAUGAAAGUGAAUUAUCUGGUCAGAAGUUGAUUGAGCUGUUCAAGAAAAUGCACGAUACCUCUGAAUGUCUAGAAGGAAAAUUGGGAGAAUGCCCUGUGUUUCAUAAAGAUGAAGGGUGUCCAUUCAAGAGUGUUCGCGAUGACAAAGGCAAGCAUUUGGUAGAACCAGCUUCGCUUGUCGCUUCUCCCCAAAAGCCGGUACUUUCCUGUCCCACGAAGACGAAAAUCAUGACAACAGAGGUAGUCAACUUACAAGAAGCUUGUCCUGCAUUUCAACCAUCCUGCCCUUUCGCCAACGUUGCCACCAAUUCGGAUGCAUUUAAAAAUGCUCUGAAUUGCCCGAAAUUCAAGGACGGUUGUGCUUUCAAAGAGUGCAAAAGCUUAAGUGAUAUCUAUUCCAAGCUUGAUGAAAUCCCCGAAAUUGAAGAGGAGCAGGGAAGUCACGGCGAGGUGCUGGAAAGUCUAAAGAUGAUUCAUGAAGUGUGUGUCGAAAUGCAGAAGCAGAUCGGCGAAUGUCCUGUCUUUAAAACCGAUGUUGGUUGUCCGUUCAAGACAGUGUGUAGCGAUGGCAAGCUCAUGAUUGCUAAAAUUGAAGAAAAUUUAACGAGCAGAGUGAUCGUUGAAAGUGCACAGGAAGCAGAACAAGAGAUUGGAGCUGAACUGUUGUUGUCUUCAUCUGGCAUUGUUCUCCAUCAAGAAUUGACAGAAAAUACGAAAAGUAUUCACAAGAAGACUGAAACAUCACCCUUUGUCAGAGGUUUAAUUAAAGGCAAAAUCGAUCCUGCCGGAUAUAAAUUAUAUUUAUCCAACCUAUACUUUAUUUACAGCACUUUGGAGAAGGAGGGAGACAAGCACAAAUCUCACCCGAAACUCAAGCCCGUUUACUUCCCAACUGAGCUGAGGAGAACACCGAAGAUUGUAGAAGAUUUGGAAUAUUUUUAUGGAAGCGACUGGAAAGACGAAAUCGAACCGCUGGAGGCAACGAAGCGCUACAUGGCGCGACUUCGACAGCUGAGCGAAGAAGACCCAAUGUUGUUGGUUGCUCAUCAGUAUAUUCGAUUCAUGGGCGACCUCUCUGGAGGUCAGGUUUUGAAGAAGAUCUUUGUGAAAACGUACAACCUCUUUGACUCCAAUGGCAUCCAAUUCUACGAAUUCGAUAACAUUCCCAAGGUUGGGGAGUUCAAACAGCGGUAUCGUCGCGCACUUGAUUCGCUGCCGUUGGACAAAGAAGAGGCCGAUCGUGUUGUGAACGAGUCCAUUAAGGCUUACCAUCUCCACAUCGAAAUGUUUGCUGAGAUGGCGGAGCUGUGUGGUAUCGAGUCUGACCUUCCAACGAGGAUUGAAAGUAAACCCCUGAUGAAAAAACCUAGCGCACGACAAACCUUUGAAGAAAAUCCGCUUGUGAAGCCGGACCAUGCCAGCAAUUCAUCAAGUGGCGUUCUCUUCAUUAUUUUGGGGCUGGCCGUGGCCAUUUUUGCCAUCUUGUAUUCCUACUUGCUCUCGUGAACAUAUAAACGUGCUUAGAAAAACUUUUAGUGAAAUAAAUCGUGGACCGUUUUCAUGUAUUGAUUAUAAUUAUUUGGGGAUUGAUAUACUGGCUGAUCGAUUACCUAAUUCGAUUAUACCAAAGUUUGACAACAACUUAGAGUUUUCUUUUUUCUACUUGGAAAUUUGAACAUAAGUUGAUUGAUUUAG